AUGCAACUACCUGUUCCGCAAUACUGCAUGUGCAUUGACCCUGUUCCUCAACUUACAGCAUUCCGAUCAGUCAUCGACGAAGACAUGGCUUCAUCAUUCGUAAAUUUUGUUCAGCGCAAGCUAUGUCUGAUACUUUUCGGCUUGUCCAUCUACAACCUCGCUUGGGGUCAGUUCAUCCAAGAGUACCAAAUGAAGCUCUACAAUGGAGAAGAGACACCUCACUGGCGUCGAGAGAAAGGUGAUCCUCUCAGACGCGUUCUUAGGCCUAAGACAAUUGUUGUUUUAACUUACAACUGCUACUACAUGAAAGCUAUCUGUAAAAAUGCGAAGGAAUGGCUAGAGACAGAUCGCGGCAAGGAUCGGACGCUAGCCCAGUAUGGAGCCGGGUCUUCACAGAUCUACGGCUAUGACUUGAACUCCGAAGUGACCGAAAAAAGGGGUGACAAGAUGUGCAAAAACUUCAAGAAGAAGAAUGAGUGCCCUCAGAAAAGGAACGGAGCAGUGAUACAGCCAGCUAUCAUGCCAGACCACUGGACCACCGCAGUGGAAACUAUCAACCCUCUGAAUGAGUGGGAGCUUGAAGCUUCAUACCAGAUCGACAUUAGCAAACCGAUAGGAGAUCCAGCUCGUAACAGUUUCGUAGAGGGCGGCAUUGGCACUCCAGGCAUGAAUAUCCUCCCUGAAGGUGACGGCAGCAGAGGUAACACAUUCUGCGCGCCCAUGUCAAUGAACAAGGGUUGUUCAGGUGGUGCACCCGUCCCACGCCAUGAAAGCAUCAAGUCUGAGCAAAAUUGGCAGGGAAUAACUCACGGUGUUCUUCAGGGCAAGCUCCACAGUCUUGCAUUGGAAGAGUUGAAGAUACCGACAACUGAACAGCCCAAUUAUGCUAUGCUCAUCGCUGUAAAUUUGGAUGACUCAAGCGGUGUUAACGAUCCGCCCGCCGGGUUCAAGAUGGGGGACAAUUAUGCGACAAAGUGGAAUACCAAGGUCAGCAGGCGAACUGGUGAUGGCACGGAUAACAUGAAUACGACUGAACACCUACGAUACAUGUCCAGCUUGACCCGGAAGGACAUACAAGAUUGGCCAGGUGUAGACAUUCUUCUCAAUGGCUCCUGGUCAGAGACCAAGAUCGCUGCCACAAACUACGCUGCAUCGGGUGGCGAGUUCGGGUUUGGGGCCGCCAACAUCGUUGCCAACGAUUCCGAUUGGUCGCAGAACUCUUCUUUCCUGGAUUCGAUAUACGACAACUCUAGCCGUGGGAGAGGUAGUUUCAGUCUUCAUUCCUCCCGUCCGCUAGACAUUCUCGAUCUUGGAACAGCUCCGUCACAGAUCAACACCAAAGGACUCACACACCUCUUCUACUCUUUCGUCUUCUUCGACCCUAGCACCUUUGAGAUGACACCUAUGAACCCGGCCGAUGUCGAACAAUAUACCGAAUUCACAAGCUUGGCUUCAAACACGCUGCAAACCUGGUGUGCCAUAGGCGGUUGGUCCUUCUCAGAUCCUGGCCCAUAUCACAUGGCAUGGAGCGACAUGGUUUCAAAAUCAGCGAAUCGUGCUCGCUUCAUCACGUCGCUGAUAGCCUUUAUGCAGAAAUAUGGGUUUCAGGGAGCGGAUCUGGACUGGGAAUACCCUGUCGACGAGAAGCGCGGUGGCCGACCUGGCGACGCCGACAACCUGGUGCUGUUGGUCAAAGAGAUGCGAGCUGCAUUCGGAUCUCGCUUUGGCUUGUCCCUCACACUUGCCCCUGACUAUUGGUAUCUUCGUGGCUUUAAACCGAAAGCCAUGCAACCUUACGUCGACUUCAUGGGGUUUAUGGCAUAUGACCUGCACGGCCCAUGGGAUACGGAUGUGAAAGCCCUUGGUAGGUGGCCUAAAUUACUCCGACGAUGCCUUACCAUGCUGACUCUGCGCUUAGGCUCCAUUGUGCGUCCUCACACUGACAUCACGGAGCUAUACAACAAUCUCAAGCCGCUUUGGUUCGAUGGUGUUGAUCCGUCAAAGAUCAACAUCGGGCUCGCUUAUUACGGUCGCACAUACAAACUCGCCGACCCUGCCUGUGGCACCAUGAAUCAAUGCAAGUUCACGGGACCUGGAGCCGCUGGUAAAUGUACAGCUUUCGAAGGUGUCUUGUCAAACCGGGAGAUCAGAGACAUGAUCAAAGAGCACGGCUACACCCCAUACCUCAACAAGACAGCAAUGGUGAAGUACAUGACUUACGGGGGUGAUAGCUGGGUAGGCUUCGACGACGAAGAAACCAUCGCCAUGAGAGAGGAUUUCGCAAACUCCAUGUGUCUUGGUGGUACGAUGAUUUGGUCAAUCGAUUUCGAUGCAAGUGUUGGUGGUAGUGGCGGUGCCAAUGGCGGCAGCGGCUCUGGCAACAACCGCACUGAUCUGGUUUGGAUCGACCCGAAGAUUUGGGAUAGCGACAAGCCAACGGUCACAUGCGAUUUUCCUUGCACAGUAGUCUUGCCACCGUAUACAAAGUUCACGACAAGGACACGCUACCCACUCGUUACGGUCACGAGUUCAGGAUUCACCACCACUGUCACCCGCCCUCCCCUGACAGUGUCCGUUAUCUGGAUUUCGACUAUUGUAGUUGGCGGCGGCAGUGGAGGAGGGGGAAGUACGGCGACGUCUAAUCUACCCGCGACCAUCACUACAGGAGUAACAUUAUACACGACACCAGUAUGGCCAAGCUUUACGUUGAUCGACCCUGCCGGAAGAACCAUUAUCACGAGUGCUACCGGAACACCGAGUCCCUUUCCAAGCAGGGUGACGUCUGCUAUACCUAGCAUCACGUUCGUUUCUGGUUUGCCGCCAUCACCAACAACAUCGCCCUUCUCUACACCGUGCCCGUUCAUCUCGAUGGCGAUGCUGUGCCCACCGUAUAUCACGGAAGACGAGAUUGGGGGUGGUAGUAACGAUGACGAUGAGAACGAAGAUGAUGACUGCAAAGGCGAUGACUGCGAUUCCGGUGGCGGCGGCGGUGGUGGUGGUGGCGGCGGAGGAGGCGGCGGAGGAUGCAAACUCGGCCUACUCGAAGAAGAAGUUGAGGAGCAAGAGACUGGGGAAACCUGCAUACCUAUCAACCUUCCCGGCGAUCAGGAUCCAAGCGACCCCGGUGGAGAUGGUGGUAGCGGCGGCGGAGGAGAGAAUGGAGGUGGAGACGACCGGCCACCCCCCGUUCAGUCACCCGAUAUGACCCAGAAUGACUUGACCUGCUAUGACAGUGGUCAAGCCGCUUCGAGAGACAAUAUGGUCUUCGGUGCCAAAGAGUUUUGCACACAGUACAACGAGUUUUUGUACAAGAGCAAUGACUUCCAAGCUUUGGAACUGAACUUUGGCUGGGACGAGCAACACAAGGCUGGCCUCAACAUGUUGGUUCGGCUGGAGCUCAAGAGCAACUGUCAAUGGCGCGUUGAUGAGGGAGAAUGCAACAAGCAGCUCCUUCGAAUCAUUGAUGGUUGCGACCAAAACACCAUAGCAGACAAGCAAGGAGGUGUCUUGGAGAACAAUUGCCUGGCUUGGCGCAUCGAUCCAGAGUACAACCAAGACAUCGCACCUCCAGCUCCACCCCCGAAGCCGGAGCCGACACCCAAACCAGAACCCGAACCAUCAAAGCCGCCAGUUCAUAACGGAUACCACCCCUAUUACGACAUCCUCACCUAUGACUUGGGUGCCAGCGCCGGCACCGUCGGCCGGUUCGGUCGUUUAGGACUGGCCUCCUACGAAGACGUCGAUGUGUGUCGUUCAGCUACAGCCUGGGAGGACGAUGACGCAUCGACACCCAAGAUGUUCAACGAGAUGAAAGGCAUCACGGGCGUCUUCGGCGACACGUGCGACUACAAGUCAGUCAAGGACUACGCGGACGCGGAAAGUGGCUCCGUGGUAGGCAAGUUAGAAUGCGCCAAGUGGGUUGACGCCGACUGUUACAAGUCAACACAUAUCGAACGUAACUCAUCUUCUAGGUUGUUGAGGCUGUGGAAGUUGUGA